AUGCACCGAAAGACAUGGGUCAAGCGGCCCGGGGCAUCAGCGACACUGGUGCAGAUACGGGAGGAUGACUUGGUUGAUGACGUGCGGGACAUGAUUCUCAGGAAAUAUGCCAACUCCCUAGGCCGCACGUUCGACGCCCCUGACUUGACCCUCCGCAUCGUACCCCGAGACUCCUCGAGAGAUAAAGAGAGACUGCUAGGACCUGAGGAGGAGAUCUGCCGGACGCUGGACCACUACUUCGCCGGCGGCCAACAGGUUGACGAGGCCCUUCUCAUUGACAUUCCCCAGCGACGAACCCCCAAACCGUCGCCUCGUGCUGGUCCCGGCCCUCAGUACCUGUACCACUUCGACGAGCCCUCGCGGCCUGUGGAGAACGGGACGGACUACUUUGGCACCGCAGCAAUGGCGCACUCUCCUGCAGCGCUCGCCACAAUCCCACACGACUCUCGCGCCUCCCACACAACACAGAACCCAGCGCCACACGAUCGUUCUAUCGCCGUUUUGAACACCGGCACCAUCCCUCCUCUCCCCUCUCCCGGCGGCCGCACACGCACCCAUUACGUCGCCCGGCCCAGAAGCACCCGCACCCACACCUCGAGCCCCACCACCAUCGUAAACCCCGGCUUCUCCACGCGUCCUCCCCGCCAGCGCCGCGACUCGACAGCAUCAGACUCCCGUCCCGGCAAUCCCGCAACCACCAUACCAGCACCGCCACCGCUCCCCACACCCCCUGCGUCCGAAGCGCCGCCCACAAACCGACAAGCCUCGACCCCCCCGACCCCGAACCGCGUAUCCUCCCCUGCGCCCAAAGCAACCGGCGCCCGGAAACGUCGGCCCAAGCCCUCGCCGCUAGAAGCAGCCGCGGCGCCCUCCCCGCUCCAAUCAAUGGGCCUCCUCGACAACUCGGUCCCGCCCAUCAACGUGCUGAUCGUGGAAGACAACAUCAUCAAUCUCAAGCUCCUCGAGGCCUUCAUGAAGCGGCUCAAGGUGCGCUGGGCGACAGCCAUGAACGGACGGGCUGCAGUCGACAAGUGGCGAGGAGGGGGGUUCCAUCUCGUGCUCAUGGAUAUCCAGCUCCCCAUCAUGAGCGGGCUGGAGGCGACCAAGGAGAUCAGGCGGCUCGAGAGGGUCAAUGGCAUUGGUGUGUUUUCGCUGAAUGGGCCGGCGAGUUCGGGCACGCCGGGGGUGGAUGGACAUGGCCAUGCUGGGGGCGGGGGUGCGGCGGAUGGAGCCGCGGAUGGGGAGAGUGGCGGGCAUGUCGUGGGUGAGGAGGAUAGGCUGGAGGCGGCGAAGCUGUUCAAGAGCCCGGUCAUCAUUGUCGCGCUUACGGCGAGUAGUUUGCAGAGUGAUCGGCACGAGGCGCUGGCGGCGGGGUGUAACGAUUUCUUGACGAAGCCCGUCAACUUCGUCUGGCUAGAGCGCAAAGUCAAAGAGUGGGGCUGCAUGCAAGCCCUCAUCGACUUCGACGGCUGGCGGAAGUGGAAGCACUACAGCGAGGACCAGGCUACGCCCAAAGCCGGCGACAAGGCUCAGAAGAACGCAGCCACAAAGCCUGCCGUGGACGGUAGCACCAACCCGAGUAACCCUGCCAGCGCGGGCGCGGGCGCGGGCGCUAAGAAGAAAAAGCCGGAAACUGAGAGGGAGACGGGGAGGGGAAGGAAAGAGGAGGGCGUGGCAGGAACGCGGGGGGCCGGGUGUGAUGGCAGUGCUGAGGCGGGGGAGAGGGAUGGAUCUGAAGUGCGAGAGAAUGGGGAGGCGGAGGCUGAAACGAAAACUGAGGAUCACGCCCAGCGAUAG